GCCAUGGACGACAAACGAAGCGAGGCAGUAUGCGACGGGAUCUCGGGACCGCACUGGUUUCUCCUUUACUCCCUCCCCCUCUCUUGCUCUCAGAAGAAAUCGCAUUUCUUCUUCCAUCCUCUAACCAUCGCAAACAAUAGCUAUUUCUGCCCCCGUUUGUUUAUCGUUGUCGCGGUCUCCUAUCGUGAUAUCUACAAAUUAAGGGAAAUUGUAAGGGAGAGGAGAAAAAAAGAGGAGCGAUUCAAGCCCAUUGAGUGAAUCUGUGGUCGAAGAGAGGAUUUUUUGGGACGUCGGAGUGAGGAGGAGAUGGGGAACAAGAUAGCACGAACAACCCAAGUUUCAGCGACGGAGUAUUACCUCCAUGACCUCCCUUCCUCAUAUAACCUAGUCCUGAUUGAGGUCCUUGGACGCGGGCGGUUCUUCAAAUCCAUCCUCUGUAAGCACGACGAGGGUCUUGUUCUGGUUAAGGUCUAUUUCAAGCGGGGUGACCCCCUCGAUCUCAAGGAGUACGAGAGGAGGCUUUCUGAGAUUAGAAAUAUAUUCCAAACCGUGCAACACCCCCAUGUUUGGCCUUUCCAGUUUUGGCUUGAGACAGAUAAGGCAGCUUAUCUCUUGAGACAGCACUUCUUUAGCAAUCUUCAUGAUAGGCUAAGCACACGGCCCUUCCUCAGUCUUAUUGAGAAGAAAUGGCUUGCAUAUCAGUUACUUUGUGCAGUGAAGCAGAGCCAUGACAAGGAAGUUUGCCAUGGUGAUAUCAAGUGUGAGAAUGUCCUCGUCUCUUCUUGGAACUGGCUUUACCUUGCGGACUUUGCGUCUUUCAAGCCCACGUACAUACCAGAUGAUGACCCUUCAGAUUUCUCCUUUUUUUUUGAUACUGGGGGAAGGAGGCGUUGCUAUCUUGCACCUGAGAGAUUUUAUGAUCAUGUUGGUGAGGCCAAUAAUGCACCAGAUUCUACUCUGAAGAAAUCGAUGGACAUCUUCUCUGUUGGAUGUGUCGUUGCGGAGCUUUUCCUAGAAGGACAACCACUUUUUGAGCUAUCCCAACUACUUGCUUAUCGCCGUGGCCAAUAUGAUCCUAGUUUGUACCUAGAAAAGAUACCUGAUGUUGGAAUUCGUGAGAUGAUACUGCAUAUGAUUCAGCUGGAUCCCGAAGGAAGGUUGUCCUGUGAUAACUAUUUGCAAAGUUAUGCUUCGGCUGUUUUCCCAAGCUAUUUCUCCCCAUUUCUGCAUAAAUUAUUUUCAUGCUUGAUUCCCCUUGACUCUGAUACAAGGGUUGCAAUGACUAAGGGUGCUUUCUCUGAGAUAAGCAGACAGAUGAUGAAUGAUAGAGCUAUUGAUGACAUUGUUUCUGAAACGUCAAUGGAUACCAACCUGAUUGAUAAUGAAUCUUUACAGAAUUGUGAAAGUGGAAGGGAAAAUACUAAUUUCAGAGAUGAUGGGGCUGAUCCAGUGAAAAGUAUGGUUGGUAAAGGGCUUCAGCUUGUUGAUGAUAUAGCUUCCAUUUACAGGGAAGUAGAAAAGAGCAAUGCUUUUUCUCAUGCUACCACAACAAUUGGAAACAUUCCAAAUGUUUCCACAAACAGUUCCAGCACCAAUCAUACUCUAUUUUCUAACAAGGCGAAGCAUAUUGGAAGGCAAACCUUGAUUUAUGCCCAUGGGUACAAGGAAAAUGAAGUCCCACUUUUCAAGAAAUUCCAUAAAAAUGACUUGGAAUCUCUAAUGGCCAAAUACAGUAUUCAAACCGAAAGUAAUGAAAUGCCAUUUUUUCAAGUAAUGGAAUGUAAAACUACCUGUGAAGGUAUGGUUCUCAUUGCAUCAUUGCUUUGCUCAUGCAUACGAAGUGUCAAGCAGCCACAACUACGAAGAGCUGGUGUACUUAUGUUGAGGUCUUGCUCUUUUUACAUUGAUGAUGAAGAUCGCUUACAGCAUGUGCUUCCAUAUGUUAUUGCGAUGCUUUCUGAUCCUGCUGCAAUUGUCCGCUGUGCUGCUUUGGAUACGUUGUGUGAUGUUUUGGCUCUAGUUAGAGAUUUUCCUCCCAGUGAUGCUAAGAUAUUUCCUGAGUAUAUUCUUCCCAUGCUAUCUAUGCUUCCAGAUGACCCUGAACAAAGUGUUAGGAUCUGUUAUGCUAGUAACAUAUUCAAGAUUGCACUGGCUGCUUAUAGAUUUUUGAUUUGCUCAAAAAGUUUGACUGGUGCAGGAUCAUUUGAUAAAGUAGUCCCCACUAAGUCUCAGCUACUUGCAGCAGAACCAUUGAUCGAGAAACAGACUGACAAUAGUGAUGUGCAGCUGGCUCAACUGAGAAAAUCCAUUGCUGAAGUUGUGCAAGAACUGGUCAUGGGCUCAAAACAAACUCCAAAUAUCAGGAGAGCGCUUUUGCAGGACAUUGGACAUUUGUGUUACUUCUUUGGGCAGAGGCAAUGCAAUGAUUUUUUACUUCCAAUUCUACCGGCAUUUCUUAAUGACCGAGAUGAGCAACUGAGAGCUGUAUUUUAUGGGCAGAUUGUUUUUGUGUGCUACUUUGUUGGCCGAAGAAGUGUUGAGGAGUAUCUAUUACCUUAUAUAGAACAGGCCUUAACUGAUGGUAUGGAGGCUGUCAUCGUUAAUGCAUUGGACUGCUUGUCUAUGCUUUGUAGAAGUGGUUUUUUGCGGAAAAGGAUACUUCUUGACAUGAUUGAAAGAUCUUUUCCAUUGUUAUGUUAUCCAAGUCAGUGGGUACGAAGAGCGGUUGCCACUUUCAUUGCAGCAAGUAGCCAAACGUUGGGGCCAGUGGAUUCUUAUGUCUACCUUUAUCCAAUUUUGCGUCCUUUUCUUCAGAGAGAACCACCUUCUCUAUAUUCAGAGUCAUCACUCCUUUCCUGUCUAAAGCCCCCAGUGUCAAAGUCAGUAUUUUACCAAGUAUUGGAAAAGACAAGGAAUACUGAUAUGCUAGAAAGACAGAGAAAGAUAUGGUAUAACUCAUCAGCCCUGUCAAAUAAUUGGGAAACCCUUGAAAACAUCAAUUGUGUUGCGGCAGAUUUGGAUCCUAUGAAGAAAACUUGGAACAAAGAAUCCAUGGCACCAAAUGUUAAAUUUUCUGGCAAUUCUGUCCAAAAAGUAACUUCUUCUGAUGUUGAGGAUGCUGCUAAGUUGAGAAAAGGGAACUCUUUUAUUGAUAAUGGUGCAAUGGAUGAAAUGGAUUCAUUUAGUUCCGAUAAGAUGCAUUUCUCUGGCUUUUUUUCACCCCAUAACAACACUAAUAACAGUUUUCUUUUUGAUGGACCGUCUGAGGGUAUUCCAAUAUACUCUUACAUGGAUAAGCACAAAAUGGGUAUGUCAUCUAAAGUUUCUGAUUCUUCAGUGCGCUGGAAUUCCGUAGGAAUUGCUUCUUCAUGCAUGCCAUGGGUGGGCUCUGCUAAUAAGCCAACUAGCUUAUCAAACUCAGUACCGCCUAGGCUUAUCUCUGGCUCCUUCUUCAACAACACAAAUUCUAAUGUCGUUUAUGAUCCUUAUAGUCAUGAGAUUGACCCUUCUUUUAACAUCACCAGCAAAUUAAAGGAUGUCACUAUCUCUGAAAUUGUGAAGAACUCCUCAUCCUCCUUUGGAGAUGAUAAACACCAAUCUGAUGUUACUAUGUUACCUUCAUUUUCUAGGACUUCAACAAUUCCUGAUGCAGGCUGGAAGCCUCGUGGAGUCUUGGUGGCACAUCUCCAAGAACACUCUUCUUCUGUGAAUGACAUUGCUGUAUCAAAUGAUAAUUCCUUCUUUGUCAGUGCUUCAAGUGAUUCUACUGUUAAAAUAUGGGAUACCAGAAAAUUGGAAAAGGACAUCUCCUUUCGCUCAAGAUUAACUUAUUCUCUGGGUCAUAGCCAGGCUUUAUGUGUUAGCAUGCUUCGUGGUACGGCACAAGUAAUAGUUGGCGCAUCUAAUGGGACAUUGCACUUGUUUGCUGUUGAUUAUGUAUCUAGAGGAAUGGGUAAUGUUGUUGAAAGGUACUCUGGUAUUGCUGAUAGUAGGAAGAGAGAGGCUGGAGAAGGUGCAGUUCUUACCCUUUUGAACUGCUCUUCUUCUGAUGGUGGCGUUUGCCAUACAGUUCUUUACAGCACUAGGGACUGUGGAAUCAAUCUUUGGGACACUCGGACAAAUUCAGCAGGUUGGACAUUUAGAGUUACACCAGAGGAGGGAUUUAUCUCAUCUCUUGUAAUGGGUCAGUGUGGGAACUGGUUCGUCUCAGGAUCAUCCAGGGGUGUGUUGACAUUAUGGGAUUUAAGGUUUCUUUUACCUGUUAAUUCAUGGCAAUACUCAACAGUAUGUCCCGUGGAGAGAAUGUGUUUACUUAUUCCAUCUUCAAACUCAGUUCCAUCCAUGGCAAGGCCAUUGAUAUACGUUUCUGCUGGUUGUAACGAAGUUUCCUUAUGGAAUGCCGAGACUGGAAGCUGCCACCAGGUAUUCAGAGUGGCAAGCUAUGACAGCGUUGCAGAAAUGUCCAGCAUUCCUCGAGCAUUAGCUAGGCCUUCCAACAAGCCAAAUUCUAAGCAAGAUAUGAAACGGAAUUCCAGUUCCAAAUAUAGAAUUGAUGAAUUGAAUGAACCUCCACCUCGUCUUCCUGGCAUCCGCUCGUUGCUUCCUUUGCCUGGUGGAGAUCUACUAACAGGAGGAACUGACCUGAAAAUUCGUUAUUGGAAUCACACAAGUCCCGAACGAAGUUAUGCUAUCUGUGGUCCAUCAACAAAAGGUUUGGGGAAUGAUGAGCAUUACGAAACAAGAUCAUGCUUUGGGGUACAGAUUGUGCAGGAGAUGAGCAGGAGAGCAGCAUCAUCAAAACAGACUCAGAAAGCUCUUUUAGCUGUGGCAGCUACUGAUUCUGCGGGAUGCCACCGCGAUUCGGUUCUCUCUUUAGCUUCUGUCAAGUUGAAUCAGAGGCUAUUGAUAUCAAGCAGCAGAGAUGGUGCCCUCAAGGUUUGGAAGUAGAAGAGCAAUGCAAGGUUUGAAGGUCUUGCCCUGCACAUAUUUACUCUAUUUUAAUACAUAUCGUAGUUGUUUACAAUGUAAAAAAUGAAUGAACCUCUCUCAAUUUGACCUUUCAACUCUCACAAAAGAAAUCAGUUUGUGCUUUGCAAUGACAAAGGGGAGCAAAGAGGCUUUUGUCCUCUCCUAACAAAUGUAAGAAACUUCUUAUUUGCUUUCUCAAUUACUAGUUAUGUUGAUUGUAUAUAAUAAAAUCUCUUCUUAUUGUAAGUUUCAUAUUGGUCCUUUAUUUAUAUGGUAGAAUCUCUUCUAGGAAGUAAGGAAGUUGGGUGAUAA